AUGGACACCGAGGAAUCCGACCGUGAGGGGCGCGAAGCGCCAAGUCCGCUGGUUAGACGUGCGGUACGUGAUCCACAAGCCGACAAAUUGCGUGCGACCAAUGUCGACUCCGAAAGGUAUGCAGCCCCAAACAUUGCAGUGACCCGACACGAUCUCAUGCUGCCACAGGUGCGAUGCGAUAAGCGCACGCCAUGUGCAAACUGUCGAAGCUCAAAUAUUGCAUGCCGAUCUACUGGCGAAGGCCAGAGACCACCAGAGCCCCGUAGACGAGUCUUGAUCUCAAAUCAGUAUGAGAAGAAGAUUGAUUUGAUUGAAGAACGCCUAGCAAGCAUUGAGAAUACUUUGCGAGAACUAGCCAAAAACACAUCGGAGCUGCGAGCUUUGACGGUGACUAAACCGCAGGAGUUCCACUUCGCUCCUUCAUCCCAGAAGUCAACCCCGUCGCAGUCUACAUCUGUUGCAGGCAACCCUUCAAAGCCCAGAGGUUCUCUAUACACUGCAAAUCCCACCAUUGAGCAGCACGAUUCCAGCUCUGGGUUUGAGGGUAGCUCUUCCCUGACCGCUCAUGGAGCCUAUGCGAGCGCUCUUCUCGAAUCGGCUGUUUCCCAAAGCUCGCUACAAGUCUCAUCGAGCCCAAAGAUCAAUGCAGCUCUUUCAUUGCUGAAACAGCUUGUCGGAAUUCAGAACCAGCGGCGAGAGGCAGACUCACAGGGGAACCAAUUCCUGACUAAGAAUGCAAGAUUGGGGUUGAGGCGUGAUUUACAUGGUUUGGAGAUGCCACCCUUGCCAUUGGUUCUGGGCGUAUUGAGAAAAUGUCAAGAAACACCUCCCGCAUGCUUUGGUGGCUACGUUCCAUUCCUCAGCGUGGACUAUUUCACCGAAAAGUGCCGUGAAGUAUACUUCUGCGUCGACGAAUACUCCGAUGCAGCCUUUGUUGUGACUAAUUUUUGUUUGUAUAUGAUUCUCUUUGAAACGGGCGCCACCGAGAAUGAAGCUACUAAGCGAGAAGAAUAUCAGCACUACAUUGAGAUGUGCCGGAAUAACCUUGAGACCGCGCUUGCCAAUUUGAACAUCCUGAUGCCAGCAACCGAAGAAUCGGUCACAGCGCUAGCUGUAGGGGCUAUGCACGCACUCGAGAUUUCCAAACCAUCUGUUGCCUGGGCUCUAGCAUCAACAGCCAUGAGUUUAUGCCAGACCCUUGGAUAUCAUCGUUUUACCUCCAUGGAGCAUGACCCAGUACCAGUGCAACACCAAAAGCAGCUUCUAUUUUGGUCCGUAUACACAGUCUUGAAUAUGAUGUCUCUGCGGUUGGGACGCGCAUCUUCGAUCCAGAACUACGACAUCAGUCUACCCGUGCUCAAUGACAACUGCGGCGUUCCCGAGCCAUGGGGACCUGCUUGCAUGUUAUGGGCUAAAUCCGCAAUUGUCCAGGGUGAGGUAUACCAAUAUCUGUACAGCCCCGAGGCACUGCAAAAGCCAGAAAGCGAACGAGUCACACAGGCGUACAGACUAGCUGCGAAGAUGCAGUCGAAGGUCAUGGAACCGUUCGAGAAAUUCAUGUCUGAGGUCAAGAUGUCCGAACUAGACUUCAUGUACCUCUCGACCGACAAGGUCAGUCGACUCUCUGUCAUGACCUUGAUCUACCGGGCAGUUCCUGCAUCGACUGGCUCGGGCGCUGUUAGCUUCAUACCUGAAUGCAUUGAGACAGCCCGAGAAGCCCUAGAAGUCCACCGACAGUGCAUUGCCGCUCUGAAUGAGACUGACGACUUCUUGAAAAUCUCCUACAUGCACUGGGCCAUUCUCAUAUCCCCAUUCGUGCCGUUCAUCGUGAUGUUCUGCAACGUAAUCACAACAUCCAACCGCGAGGAUCUAGCCCGACUGGAAGACUUCGUUGCCUCGCUCCGCCCACUUAAAAGCUUUUCCCAAUCUAUUGACCGAUUGCAUACUCUCUGCUCAGUCCUCGGCACCGUCGCUCGCCUCUACUUCGAAGCCAAUACCCAAACAGCCGAAGGCCAAGACCAGGAUCUCAACGUUGGUCCGGAAUUUGAUGUUUAUCUGAGUGCUCUUGGACUUGCGCCUUCAAAUCCCGUGUAUCCCACGAGCGGUGUAAAUAUCCAGGUGGGAAAUCCGCAGGGGUAUUUCCAGGAUAUGCCUGCUAUGAAUUUUGAUUUAGCGCCAGUGCCGCAGCAGGCGAAUGAGUUCUCGACGCCAGUUGAUUCGUCUCAGGCACAGGGUCAAGAUUCCGGGGCGGCAGCGCAAUUGGGAAAUUGGUUCUGGGGGAAUCAGUAUAUGAUGGGACUUUUGGAGGAGGAUUUGUCGCAGUUCCAUCCUGGGUGGUCGUGA